GCAGAAUGUGCCUUUGUGUUGCUACUCAUGGCUGUGUUCUGGGUGACAGAGGUGAUUCCCUUGUCUAUGACUGCCAUGCUCCCUGCCCUCCUCUUCCCCAUGUUCGGCAUUAUGAAGUCAUCCAAUGUGGCAAAAGAGUACUUCAAAGAUUUCCACUUCUUGUUAAUGGGGGUCAUCUGCCUGGCUACAUCCAUUGAGAAGUGGGGUCUUCACCGAAGAAUAGCCUUGAGAAUUGUCUCUAUGGUGGGAGUCAACCCUGCAUGGCUGAUGUUGGGCUUCAUGUCUGGCUGUGCCUUCAUUUCCAUGUGGGUUCAAAACACCUCGGCAGUUACCAUGGUGAUGCCCAUUGUAGAAGCUGUGCUCCAGCAGAUCCUGAAGGCCAAGGAGUUGGGAUGUAAUGGCAACGUCAACCCUAACCUGCAGCUAUAUGGUAACUGGAUUUGCUUUAGUAAAACACAACUUAAUACGCUUUUGAAGAGUGAAUCUGUCUUUGAUUCACUUUCAACAAUGGACACAGAUCUGUCAGAUCUCAGUCUUAUUCCUUCUUCAAACAGAUUUAAUUCUACACUCUUAUCUGGAAAAACAGCCUUUAGAUUCAAAGACAAACAUUCACAUAAUACCAUUCAUGCUUUAAGUCAGUCACAACAAAAGUUUCCUCAGAAAGAAGCUUCUGUCAAAUACAAUGGUCAAAAACACCACUUCACUACUUCCCAAACAUCUUCAUACCUCUACAGGACUGUUAUCUGGACCAACUGCUCUUCUGCCCCCCAUCCUCUUCCAUAUUUCCCUAAGCUCAUUAUUACAGUUGUCCUUUACUUUUUGAUUCACUAUUUCUGCUCCAUCUCUUCUCCAUCUCAUUUUUCUCAUUCUUCUGCUUCUCAAAAUUCUCCUUCCAUCUCUCACCACUGUCUGUUUAGUCAUCAACACAUUCCCUUUUCAAGCUUUUGUCAACCAGACCUCCUCUACACCAAUUCCAGUUCGAUCUCUCUGUUCUGCUAAUCUGUACAGAGCUUUUCCUUACUAUCAAGCCUCUCAAGUUGCUAUAAAUCUACCCUAAUAGUAGUCCUGUUUGACUUCCUUUAUCUCUCUAAUUAUUCCACCUUCUACCUCCAACUUAUCUCAUCUUCUCUCCUCUGGCCUGAAGUUACACCACACACAU